AUGCUUGGACCCCCUGUCAACCUGCCCAAGUGGCUAGAAGAAAACUCCCACCUCCUCAAGCCCCCAAUCAACAACUACUGCGUCUAUAACGACGACUUCACUGUCAUGAUCGUCGGCGGCCCCAACGCCCGAACAGACUACCACAUCAACCAGACCCCCGAAUGGUUCUACCAGUACAAGGGCGCCAUGAUGCUCAAAGUCGUCGACGAAGGCGUCUUCAAGGACGUCAUCAUUCGCGAGGGCGACAUGUUCCUGCUGCCGGGCAACACCCCGCACAACCCCGUCCGCUUCGCCGACACGGUCGGCGUCGUCCUUGAGCAGCGACGGCCCGAGGGGUCCCUCGACCGCAUGCGCUGGUACUGCGAGUCGUGCCGCGACGUCGUCCACGAGGCGGCCUUCCACUGCACCGAUCUCGGCACGCAGAUCAAGGCUGCUGUUGAGGCGUUCAAGGCUGAUGAGGGGGCGCGGACGUGUAAGAAGUGUGGUGUUGUUGCUGAGGCGGCGCCGAAGCCUGGGUCGAUUAAGGAUCCUAACUUGGAGUGA